CGCACCUAUGAAGUGUCAAUUUCAUUUUCACAUCCAUAAUUCAAAAACUAUUGAUCGGAUCAAGUUGAUUUGACAACCGUUGGAAAGCUGAGCUCAUUCUGAUCAAUUUACAUAUAAAAAUCAUCGAUAUUUGUCAUACGGUUCAAAAGUUAUCAGCAUUUUUCUAGAUUUUUGGACGUUUUUUUUUACUUUUUUACUGAUUUCGUCCAAAAACAUUACGUUAUCGGCCAUUUUUGGGCUGAAUCUAAAUUUUAAUUCAAAGUACAAUUAAAAACAAAGAUUUCGAGCUAAAAAUUAUUGAAAUCGGUUGAUUAGUUCAUGAGAUAUUGCUAAAAUAGUGAACACAUAAAACACCCUUUUUUAUACUUUUUUGUCUUUUUAAUUUUUUCACUUCAAAAAUUCAAAUUAAGAGAUAAGAAAGUAUUGGAAUCAAAAAAACUAUUCAAUUUGAACGACAUAUAACGUAUUUUUUUCAAAACAAAAAGGCGGUAAUGCAGUUUAUCGACAUAUAUGUAUACUAUGCAUAUAUCAAAUGUAUAUCGACAUGUGUGACAGAUUGCAAGCAACGCCACCAUUCAAUGACAUGUGUGAGAGCAUACUUUAUUGUUUACAAGCUAUGUUAGUUUCGUUUGAGCGUCAUUUCAGUGAAGUGUAAUCGAAUGUUACUUGAAAUUAAUAAUAAAAAAUCAAAUUUUGUGUCUAAAAAAACGAACUAUUUUAAAAUUUAAAAAGGAUUAAAAGGUAUGUGUUAAAACAUUGCUAAUUUUAAUUAUUAUAGUGAUAUUAAUAUUCUAUCAAAUUCAUGAACAAAAAACCCGCAUAUAAAAUAUACAAUACAGCAAGCAUAUAUGUUCAAGUGAGACAAUAUGUCAUUACGCACGCACCACAUACUCAAUGCAUGAGUGAAUUCAUUCGCUCAACAUAGAUGCUUGCUGUGUAUUUGGUAUAGGCAGCGCAGUGCCGAGUUAAUGUUUUUCGGGGCUUGAGGCAAAAAUACAAAAGUAGUACAAAGUCUAAAUAAAUGUAGACAAUUUUCAUUAACUUUUUCAAUUCUUUUAGUGACACUUAAAAAAAUGGAUCCAGAACCACAUUCAUCGGAAGACCCAACAGAUACCCAAUCCAGUAGUUUGCAACAUUUGGUCGCUCAUGAUGUUGCUUCUUUUGGCGUGGCUUGUGAAUUACUUGAUCUUAAUCUGCCAACUAAACGGGAUUUCUUGCGGUAUUAUUUUUUCCUUGCCGAACGUGCAAAAGGCCAAAGCAAAAUGUUUUCGUAUAAAACAUUUACUCCUCAAGUAACAGACAGAUUGUUUGAAAUUUGGAGUAAACUUAAUAUUGAACUUAUACACAAAAGUAGCAUCAAUAGAAAAUUGAAUGCUUUGCUUGACGCAUAUCGUAAUGCAAAUAAACGAAGAACAACAGUCCUAACAGUAUUCACAGAGUUCGUACAAUCAACAAACGAAUUACUUAAUAUUGGAAAAUGUCAAUGCAACUUGAAAACAAAUGACUGCUCAUGUGGAUCUAUUCCAGAAAACUUGAAAGAUUUCAUGCGCGAUCAAAAUAAUGACAGAAUACUAACGAUACCGGAACACGAUAGUGGAAGUGAAGAGACGAUACCAACGACUAUACCAACAAUCCCAGUGAGCAACGAUCCUACAUACACACCAGAUGAUGACGCUAUGGAAGUUGAUUUUGGAGAAAGUUCACAAUCAGCAGGUGUACAAAAUGUUCCACCACCACUAACAUACACUCCCAGAUACAAUACUGAAAACUAUGCUAUGAUGUGUGACAGAUUUGGUGUGCAUGAUAGAAUGGCAUCAGCAUUGGCAACAGCUCUGAUGGACGACCUGGGCGUAAAAGAUGCUUGUGGCAAUCCUAUCAUCAUGGAUAAAAGUAAAAUUCGUAGAGAAAAGGAAAAAUGGAGACAAGAAGCGCUUCGUAAGCGGUAUGAUGGCUCAAAUUUGCUGGUAUUUUCAUUCGACGGCAGGAAAAAUGAUGCUCUAACUUUAGAAAAAAUUGAUGAGAAGUGGCAUACAAGGAUGGUAAAAGAACCUCAUCUAGUUGUUUUGAGGGAACCACAUUCUCAAUUGAUAGGCUACACAAAAUUGGAAAAUGAAUCUGCUGAACACAAAGUCGACCAAUUAAGCGAUGUUUUCCGAGAAAAACAACUGUCUCUGGAUUCAUUAUUUGGUAUAUGCUCUGAUGGUGAACCAACAAAUACUGGCAUACACGGUGGAGUUUUGCGACUAUUCGAAAAACAGUUAAAGAGACCACUGCACUGGUUUGUGUGCCUUCUGCACUUUAACGAGCUUCCGUUUAGACAUUUGUUUGACACUUUGGAAAAAUCAUCCACCACUGGACCACGAUCAGCUACCGGAAAGUUGAGCACACAAAUUGCUGAUUGUGAAAAACUUCCGGUGGUACCAGAUUUUGAGAAAAUCGCACUGGAAAAUAUGCCUCCUGGUGAAAUAGAUCCAAAGGAAUUAUCUACCGAUGCGAAAUACUUGUACCAAAUGGCCCAUGCAAUUUCUAGUGGUGACAUUCCGACGGAUUUUUCUUAUAAUAAACCAGGAGGAAUUGCACACUCUCGCUGGCUCACCAAGGCCAAUAGAUUAUUACGGUUGUAUGUGACAACUAAUAAACCAACUCAAAAUUUAAGAAUUCUGGCAAACUAUAUAAUAAAAGUGUAUACACCAAUGUAUUUCAAUAUUAAGUAUUAUAGCUCUGUUGUGUACGGUAGUACAUUACUUUUUAAAUUUAUAAGUUGGACACAAUAUUUACAACCGAAUUUACGUCAAGUUGUAAAUACAGUAGUUCAAGAUAAUGCAUAUUUUGCACACUCAGAAAAUAUCUUGCUAUCUAUGUUGUUCGAUGAUAGAAUGGAAAAACGAAACAUUGCUAUAAAGAAGAUUUUACAUUAUCGAAAAGAUCUGGUCGACCCAACGCAACUUAGAGUUUAUAAAAAACCUUUUAUAAACUUUAAUUGUACGGACUAUACAAAUAUGAUUGACUUAAAUGACGAUACAAUUUUAUUCGAACCACCGUUUACGCAAAAUUAUUCGUAUGAACAUUUGGAGGGAUAUUUAGAUUACGAAGAUCCACCGUUCCCUGAUCCAGAAAUUCCGCCACACAUACAAGGAACGGAAAGACACAUCCAAUUGCUGGCUGCCACUGCUAAACGAGUUACAGCAAAGAAUGUAGAAGGUGCUAUGGUGACUACAUUAGAGAGUCGUAAGAAAACACCCAGACUUGAAAGCAGACAAGAUUUUGAAAAAAAAUAAUUUUAUUUCACUUUUUUUUCUAUUACCAGACUCAAUGAAUAGUUUUUUUGAUUCCAAUACUUUCUUAUCUCUUAAUUUGAAUUUUUGAAGUGAAAAAAUUAAAAAGACAAAAAAGUAUAAAAAA